AUGCUACCCAACGAUGUUCCUUCACCACCUUGCUCGCCAUCCAGGCUUGUCCAUGCCAUGGAAAAUCGAGAAGGCAUCGUUGCAAAGCAGUGUUGGGAUGGCGUUGGUACGAAUGAAAAGGAUCAUCUUUUACAUAGCCAACCACCAUCACCAAUAGCAGCAAUUAACUUGGUUUCAACUUCAAGGAGCACCCCACGACCACUGCAUCGACAACGCAGCUUCGUUGUCUUACGACCAUUUCCUGCUAGGACACCAAGUAUGACAUUGAUUCGACACCGUAGCACAAGCUGCCUAAAGAAAACAGCAUCAGAUGUUCACUUGUUGCCUCGCCUUGAAAAGGAAAAUGCCAACUUGCCACCUCAGGAUUCGAUUAGCUUUAUCCUUGCACAAAUCGAAAGGCAAAACGUUAUUCUCGACGAGGAUCCAAAGUCUGUGUGCAUUCAAUCAAACGAGCUCAAGGCACAAUUGUCAACGAUGCAUCAAUUAGUAAAUGACUCUAGCGAGGAUAACAUCGAUUGGGAAUUCUGGACAGCAUUGACAGAUGACUUUGGGGCUGUAGCGACCAAGCUUCCACAUCUCUUAUCAGCCAAGCUCAAAGCAGGCAUUCCCGACAAACUACGUGGUGUGAUUUGGCAAGCCAUGUCUCAAGCAUCGAGUUUGCAUUUAGAGACCGUGUAUGGCCAAUUGGUUGCCGAGCAUACGCCAUAUGAACGAGUGAUUCAACGUGAUCUAGCACGCACAUUCCCUACCAUUGACAUGUUUAAGCAAGAAGGUGGUGAUGGUCAACAGGCUCUGGAACGUGUACUUAAGGCAUACAGCUUGUAUGAUGCUCAUGUUGGCUAUUGCCAAGGCUUAGCAUUUCUCGUUGGCCCCUUACUUAUGAAUAUGCCAGAGCAGCAAGCAUUCUGUGUCUUUGUACGACUAAUGGAAACAUACGAAAUGCGUACCAUGUUUACACUUAACAUGGAAGGACUUCAAUUGCGACUAUACCAAUUUUCUUCCUUGCUGUCACAAAUGUUACCCGAAUUAUCAGAGCAUUUGGCAUAUCACGGUGUGCAUCCACCCAUGUAUGCAUCCCAAUGGUUCUUGACGCUUUUUGCAUAUGCAUUUCCAAUACCAUUGGUGUUACGCAUCUACGACGUUGUGUUUGCAGAAGGUGCAGCUGAGACUAUAAUGCGUGUUGCCAUUGCUAUAUUACAGCGAUCAGAGGAGGCCAUCAUGCAGCUGACCGAAUUUGAGGAUAUCCUAGACCACGUUACUACCAAAUUGCAUCAAGGCAACGAUGCCAGUCAAAUGAUCAAUGAUGCCAUGCAACUCAGCGGUCAAAUUACACGUGAAAAGAUGGAUCACCUUGCACAAGAAUAUAUGCGAGAGCUCGAAAACGACAAAAAACAAGCUGAUCAGGUGCUUGCCAUUCGCUUUAACUUUUGGUCGCGUUCAUCUAGUAAGAAAAAGAAAAGCUUAACCAAGCAACGUGCAUCUUCUACAUCCUCUGGUUCAUCUACGAGCAGUAACUAUGCGUCACCCAUUACACCACAACCAGCUCAGCAAGUGGAGCAACAACAGCACCACCUACCAACACAUGAAGACACAGCUGCACUACACCAGCAAAUUGAGGAGCUCCUAUUGACAUUAUCUCAAACCCAAAGUGAGCAUUUACAAGUCAAGCAAGAGCUUGUACAAGUGCGAAUGGAUAAGAUGGAUAUUGAGGCUGAGCGGGAUGCACUACGAAUGACAGUGAUGGAUAUGGAAGGUGAUCCUCGCGUGGAACUUGCCAAACUCAAAGCGGCCCAUUUUGAGUUACAGCAACAAAAUGAAGAGUUGCGACAUGAAAAACAAAUGGCCAAGGAUGCACAGAACCAGCUUGUCGAAAAGAUAGUGAAUAUGGAAAUUAGGAUGAAUGACAUGAAACAACAACACGAGGAAAAGACACACGAAUAUGAGCGGCGACUAGACCAAAGCAUUGCUGAUGAGCGGUGCCGAGAAUUAGAAGGUUUACUAGCGGAAGCAAAAUUAAAGAUCGCCGAAUUGGAGACGUGUGGAGCCACUGUAACUCGCCACAACAACAUCAAAAGUACCAAUCGCAGAAGUUUAGACCCGGUGGCUCUAGCACAGCAUAGAACGACCACGGCAACGACAACGACGACUGGUGGUGGCAAUAAAAGAUCAAGUUUCUAUGGCCGUCUAUGGUCAUCGGUUACCUCGUCAUCAAAUACACCGCCCCAAGAUACACCACCCACAAGCCCAAUAUGA